UACAAGCGGUAUAAGCGUUCAACUAUGGCUGAUGAGUACAGUGACAGCAUAGGGAUGAGAUAUUGAAUGACUCAACAUAAAAGAUCUGCUACUUGCAACGUCGGUACGCAGGCGAGACAGUCAUUUCUUCGAUCUUAUUAAAAUCAGGGUUUGUUGACAUCAUCAUAGCAACGAGGUAGUAAAAUUGUCUAUAACUUUACACAGAAAAGGAAGUUUGGUGCUGUAACCUGUACUGACUAAAGCUACCCCGAAACCGGGUGACAGAGAUUGGAGAGGACAGCUGACCAGAAUAUGAAACAUGGCAACUGCAUCACUCUGGAAAGAGCCCAAGCAUACUCUUCAUCAUUUGCGUUUAGUCCUUUUUGGAAAAUGUCUAAUUGGGUAAUUUUAUGUGGUUUGAUGCUGAAUAGUACAACAGGGAGCAUUAUUGACUAAACGGGAAUAUUGCCAUAGUUUGAAUUAGUAGGGAUUAAUCGUAUUUCAUCACACUCGGAUCAUGGAUAUAUGGACUUGGCUACGUUAAAGUACCUGCUGCCUAUCCAUCCAUUAUAAUGAAUCAAGGAGAUAAUCAAGAACCAUGCGAGCACCAUUCACAUGGGCUUUAUGGGCCUCACCGGAUCCGUCCGUCAUCGUACCGGGCUCUGCGAAGUGCUGUUUCCAGCCUGGCACGAAUUGACGAUUUCUUCUGUGAAAAAAUAGGUUCCGGCUUCUUCUCUGAAGUGUUCAAGGUGCAGCACAGAAUCACUGGGCAGGUGAUGGCUCUGAAGAUGAACACAAUGGCCAGUAACAAGGCCAACAUGUUGAGAGAGGUGCAACUCAUGAACCGCCUCUGCCACCCCAACAUCCUCAGGUUUUUGGGGGUAUGUGUUCAAGAAGGACAGCUUCAUGCUCUUACUGAGUACAUUAAUGGGGGAAACCUGGAGCAGCUGCUGGACAGUGAAAUAUAUCUUUCAUGGACUGUGAGGAUAGGUCUGUCUCUGGACAUUGCAAGAGGGCUGCAGUAUCUACACAGCAAGGGCAUUUUCCAUCGAGAUCUCACGUCCAAGAAUUGUCUGGUGCGUUGUGAAAAUGCUGCUUUUACAGCUGUGGUUGGGGACUUUGGACUGGCAGAAAAAAUCCCUGAUUACAGUGAUUGUGCUGAAAAGCAACCUUUGGCUGUUGUGGGCUCCCCCUACUGGAUGGCCCCGGAAAUGUUAAGAGGAGAGCUUUACAAUGAGAAGGUGGAUGUCUUCUCAUAUGGUAUAAUCCUUUGUGAGAUUAUUGGUCGAAUUGAGGCUGACCCAGAUAUCCUGCCACGGACAGAGGAUUUUGGUCUGGAUGUUGAGGCCUUUGAGCACAUGGUGGGAGACUGUCCAUCUUCAUUUCUUUGCCUGGCUGUCAACUGCUGCAAUAUGUGUGCAGACAGCCGUCCUGCAUUCUCAGAGAUCGUAGUGACCCUUGAGAGAAUCAAGAGCGAGAGGGAGAGGAGUGAAGCGCCAGUUAUAUUAGAACCUGUUGCCAUUGACGACAGCCCAUUUAGGAGGAGAAGUUUGGCGUGCCGUCCAGGUGACCAUCGUCUGUCGCGUAGUCAGUCGGAUGUAUUGCCACCCGCCACAUCACCGUGUUUUGGCACGCCUGUUCGUGUCAACCCUUUCUCUCUUCGCCAAGACCUCAAUGGUGGUCGCAUCAAGCUGUUUGACACCCCUAGCAAAUCUGUAAUCUCUCUCACUUUUACCCUUCCACCACCGCCAGACCCCUGUGCCUCCCCACCCCUCAGUGGAAGCCCAGGACUCCGUGGACCUCCUCGAAGGUGUCGGUCCCUGCCUUGCACCCCCGAGCUGGGCCACCAACUACUCUUCCGGGACAACGAGGAGCAGAAUGAGGAAGAGAAGGAGAGGAAUAAAGAACUAGGAGAUGGAAUGAAAGAGAAAGAGGUGGAGGGAUGGCAAGAUGAAGUUGAGGACUCAGGCCUAGUGCUGGACUUAGAGAUGGUGUCUUUAGAACGGGUUGAGGAAGAGGAGGAGGAUGAGGUGGAGAAGUGCCUCACAGAGCCCAUGGACUGUAAUAGCUCCCCCGACACGGCAGAGGUUACCACACCAGGGAAGCAACCUAUCAGCAGUUCUUAUUCCUCUCCCUCCUCCUUGCAGCCCAAUGGCUGGGCUACGCCUGUCUCUAAUGGACCGCCAUUAUUACCUCCUCUUCCCCAUUUGGACAAUAACAAUGGACUGCUGAGGCCUGGGCAUCCUAUUGCAUGGGCUAGACUAAACGGUUACCGCAGCCCUGCCCCAGUGCCAGUACAACCUACUUCUGAACAAGACGAUGUCAUUACCUGUCCUGCUUGCUGCCUGGCUGGGUUUAGCUUCCCUUCUCUGUGCCUGCGUGGAGCCCCUCCCUCUAGUCGUGGACCCCCUCGACGACCAUACAGGAACCUCAACAGAGGGGAGGCAUCUGUAGCCACAGCAAAGAGACUGCUCUGUCGCAGAGCUAAGGGUCUGGCUCCACCCACAGCAACCUGUGAGCCAGGGUUACCCCUUCCAGAGGCCCAAACCUAAAGAGAGUGACCUCAAAAAGAGCUGCAAUAUCUAAAGUGCUGGGUAUACUUUGUUUUUCUGCGUUCCAGAUCAGAUCGCUCCUGGUCUUUGGCUUUGCCUUUCAAGGUAUAUUCUUUUGACCGCGACCGACUAUGAGCGUGUUCGACGCAUGCAUAGUAUGAUUGCACAGUCAAGAAAAUAUGGGCUGUGCGCGGACAGUCCGUGCAGACUGUGCUGAUGACAAAAUUUGUGUCACGCAUACUGUGUGCAGAGCGAUCAGCAACGCGGACAACCGAAGUAAACUUUGGGCUUUAGAAAUUACACUGUAUUUACAACACCAUACAGUCAGGCUGCAGCACUGAUGUCAGGAUGAUCAUCUUACUGGAUGCAAUGCAGAGAAUAGCAAGAACAGAGAAUUGCUUUCACGACUAGUGGUUUUUGAUUUUGCAAUAUGCGGAUGAGACAGUGUGAUAUACAGUUCAUACAUUUUGAUCCUAUAAUGUCAUAGUUUUGGGCAUUUUUACAUAAUCCAGAUUCAUAGGUAAUAUUAUAUCUGUACAAUAAUGGGUGCUUUAAAUGUGUGCUCUUUUUGGUUCCCCAAAUUAGGGAUGUGCAAGGGUGUUCAACUAGUCAUCUAACAACAGAUAAGUCAAUAAGUGGGGUCGAUUACUAGCAUUAAUAUUUAUUGGUGGUGGUUUUAAUGGGAGAUGCAAUUCUCAAAUUAAUUGAGAGACGCAACUUCUUAGAGUGUUUUUGUGUGAUGAUAUCUUGCUAAACAGUGAAUAACAGUCUGCACAGUAAAACCCUUUCCAAGAAGUUUCAUCUUUUUAAUGCUUUAAGUUUAAUCUUUUUAUGCGCUGUUGCUACAGUAAAGCAUCAUUCUGCGUUCCGGAUGUGCAUAAGCGGUUUUGUGCCACUCUGUAUUGGAGCCUUUUUUAUUUCUUACUUUCAUAGUUUUGUGCAAUAAGAUUAAAUGUUAUAUUUAUUUAGCCUGUUUAUUUGUUGAAUAUCUAUUAGUCACCAUGUUGAAGUGCUGCACUUUGCAUCCGUAUAUCCUUCUGAAACAUGUCUGAUCGGCAUCAUGUGUAUAUGGAAAACGGAGCCUAAUUAUACAUUAAUAUCCUUAACACAGACUAAUCGACUAGUCCUUCAAACCACUGAUGACUAGUCGCUUAUGAAAAUUGGUAGUUUUGCACAUCACUACCACAACUGCUAAAUCCACUUAAAGCUACUGCGUUUAAAGCCCUAAAACUGUGAUUGGGAUGAUGGAGACUAUGAAUACUAUAAACAUGAAUAAUAGUGGCAUGUCAAGCAUUUUCAGCUUCUCAUUUAUUUAUUUAUUUAUUUAUUUAUUAUUAGAUAAUCAUUCCUUUUCAAGACUGAGUGCUCUUCACUUUGCCGUGAGAGUGUACAAGUGUGUGUGACGCUGUGUACUGAUGUCAAACAUUUGUUGAUAAAUCUUUGAUACAUGUUGAUGUUUAGAUGCAAUUUGUGUAGUACGUCCUAUGGUAAUACUGUAAAAUAUACUGUUUAAUAGGCAUUUUUAAAUGAAAACUGCAACAUUUUGAGUGCUCAAAGAUUAUUGCAGUUUGAAUUUUGUUAUCUCCCCCUAGUGGUCAGGAGGAUUCACUCUUGCCAAGUAAUGCUGCUCUUAUUAGGAAUCGACUGAUUCCUUUGCUGAAAAUUAUGUUCUUCGAAAUUGACCGUCACCAUUGAAAAGCUAGUUGAGCUUUUUUUUUUUUUUUUUUUUUUUUAAUGUUCAGUUUAUGGAAUCAUAGUUAGAAACAUGGUCCUAGAUCAGCACAAAAGAGCAUCUUGCACAAAGUGUUUCCAGAUGCCACCAUAGACAUUGUAAAGGGAUUGCUUAUCCAUAAAUGAAAAUUUCAAACAUGUAUGACUUUCUUUCUUGCAUGGAAUACAAAUGGAGAUAUUUAGUAGAAUGUCUAUGCUGUUUUUAUUUUCAUAUACCAUGAAAGUGGAUGGUGAUUAGGGAUAGCCGUGGUCACCAUUCACUUUCAUUGUAUGGAUAAAAAGCAACAUUGACAUUCUUCUUGGGAAUUCCUUUUGUGUUUCAUGACAGAAUUUUCAUUUUUGGGUGAACUAUUCCUUUAAGGCAAAUAUGAGGCAUGUGAUUAUAAUACUGUAUCUGCUUUUGUGUUUGAACAUGUGCAUAAUUGUAUAUUUUCAAAGCAGUCUAGAUGCGGUCCAAUACAGGUCUUGGACUGAAGCCGUCUCUUCAUAUUCAGUCUAAAGUUUUGUAUUAGUUUAUGGUCUUCAGAAAUAAACCAGAAUCUCAGACAGACUGAAAUGCUCUGUGUGUUCUGGUCUCUAACCAAACUGUGUAGUAUCUUAAGUGUAUGUAACACCUCAGAAAUGCAUCCACUGAAUUUCUUAAUGCUCGUGUAUGUACACCAGCUUCUCAGAUGAGCAUAGGAAGUAUGUGCAUGCUGAGUACUGUACAAAUAAGUGAUCUGUACAUAUUGAUGCAUGACAAUAGGCAAGAAGCUGUCUGGCCCGUUGGUACUUCCCUUCAGGCUGGCAUCAGAGGUAAAGUUGUCUCAAGUGAAGGUUGAAUUUAAAUUUGAGAUAUGGAUGCAAUAAGAAUUGCUCAUGGUUUACCUGGAAAGAUAUAGAUUUAAUAAUGUGUUGAGUAAUAUGUUUUAGUUCUUGAAAAAAGUUGAAAUUUUUGAAUAUUAAUCUGUCAAGGAUACUUAAUACUUAAAUAAUUAAGUGAAACUUAAUUUACUCACUUUUCAGAAAGUUGAUAAUCAGAUGCCUCACUGAUUAUGACUAAUUUAUAAUUUUCAGUGCACUAAAGACAUAAUCUAAAGAAAGCAAUUUGUAGUGUGUGUACUGUAUUUGUACAGCAUAGACAUCCAUAACUUGCCUCCUUUGUCAGUAAUGAAGUGAUGUUAUAACAGAUUGGGAAGGAUUUGUAAAGUCCACUUACCAUGUUAUUGUAUAAAGAUUUGUUUCUAUCUAAGAGAGGUUCUAUUUCUCUCUAAAAGUAAAGCACUUGUUACUUAGUUCUGGGGAACAACAGCUUUAAUAUAUGUCAAUGAGUCAUGUUAUUUAUGAAAAUGUCAAAUUAAAAAGACAAUGUAAAACCGUUUUAUUUUUAUUUUUAAACUGAACUGAAUUGUAGAUAGAAAUUGUUAAUAGCUACCAAAGAGAUGAAUCAAUGAACCGACAAGCAUUAUGAAGAGAAUAAACAUGAUGAGCCUGAUCAAUAUGUGUGACAGGAUUCCGAGCCGUAGCACACUGGGUAGUGCUCAUGACAUGGAAAAGCAGGUUUGUUCAAAUUAUCUC